AUGGAAUCGCCCCAAGAAAAUCUAUGGGGGGAGGAGGUUCUUUUUGGUCCUGAGCCUCAAUGGAGCGUCGAGCCUGAAAUCGAGUCCAUAAAGCAAACUGUCCAAUCGUUGCGGUCAUCGAAAACAGCCGAGGUGAAGUUUCUUACUCAAGGCGGGCUCAACAAGAUCUACAAUGUCAGCAUGGAUAAUGAAUCAAUUAUCAUGCGGGUUUAA